AAUUUCAAUGAGGUUUCAAAAUAGGUUUUCAAGAAGUUUUACUUCACUGGUUCACUAAGAUGUCAAAAAAGAAGUACUGCACGCUUGUUCGAUCAGGAAAGUAUCUUACAAUCUCCCCAAGAAUUUUGUUACAUUCCACUUUGAAGGCAACGUUAUUAAGCAUCCAACUCAGUUCCCCCCAAGCAUCCCAGACAUAAAAACUAGAUCACAACUCUUUCUAUUACAAGACCGCGUUUGUAAUAUUGAUCCACCAUUGGAAAUAUGUGAAUGUCAGACACAGGAGAAAAUAAACUUAUCAAUGACAAUGUGUUCAAAGGGUCCGAGAGGAGAAUACAUAUGUUCAACAUCUAUCUUCAAUUAGGAUCAAGAAAUGGAUGUUUGCAGGACUGAAGGCAAGGCAGCAUGCUCGGAUAAGGUUAGGUGCGCAGAUGAGGACUCUGGAGAUCUUGAUGAGCUCUCGGUGACGAAUGGCCAAUCCUCAAACAUUGGUGAGAUGACAGACUUGGGCUAUCGGGACCAGGCCCUAGAGGUGGAUCCAAGGUGUAAAGACUACAAAACAACAGUUCCUUGGUUUCCCAGGAGGAUGAAGGAGUUAGAUGAAAUUACAAAUCACAAUUUGAAUGCAGAAGUAGAUCUCCAGUCGGAUCACCCAGGAUUUUCCGAUCCAGUGUAUAGACGACGAAGAAACGAGAUCGCUGACAUGGCCUAUGAGUACCGCCAUGGUGAUCGUAUACCGAGAGUUUCAUACACCACAUCCGAGAAGGAGACAUGGACGAAAGUCUUCACCAAGCUAUGUGAACUCUACAAGGAUUGUGCUUGCCAAGAAUUCGUCAAUAAUUUUUCUCUUCUCAUCGAGAACUCCAUAUACCAACCGGACAGCGUCCCCCAGUUAGAAGAUGUAUCGAACUACCUGAAAGAAAGAACGGGGUUUACUCUCCGACCUGGUGGUGGUCAUCUGACAGCCAGAGACUACUUUGCUGGACUCGCCUUUCGUGUUCAUCACAGCACCCAGUAUAUGCGGCAUCAUGCAAGGCCUAUGUAUACCCCAGAGCCAGAUGUUUGCCAUGAACUACUCGGACACGUUCCACUCUAUGCUGAUCCGGAGUUUGCUCAAUUUGCCCAGGAAAUUGGUUUACUAUCACUUGGUGCUUCAGAUGAGCAAAUUGACAAGCUCUCCAAUCUGCUUUGGUUUACUCUUGAAUUCGGGCUGUGCAGACAGAAUGGACAGGUGAAAGCCUACGGAGCGGGGCUAUUAUCAUCUUUCGGUGAAUUGGUGUAUUGUUUGACUGAUGAGCCUGAGAUUCGAAGUUUUGACCCUGAGAGGUCAACAGCCACCGAGUAUCCUGUUUGUAAAUUCCAGCCCAUAUACUACCUGGCGGAUAGCUUUGAAGAUGCGAAGGAAAAAGUCAGGGCCUGGUCUAAAGGUAUUAAAAGGCCUUUUUCUGUCCAUUACGACCCGCAAACACAAGCUAUAAAGAUAUUGGAUCAUGAUGGCAACAAUCAAGACAAGGAUCAUUGACAACAGAGCUAAAUGGUGUAUCAACUACAUGAAUUUGAGAACAGCGUAAUCUUCACUGCAGUAACUAUGGUAACUGGAAUUGACAACAGUAGACCACCGGAUUUAAAAAAAAUAUUAAUAAACGUUUCGAUGUUUGUCUUUUGUAGUUUACAAAGAUGCAUGCACUGUAAAACCAUGUUUUUGAAUUUCAACCACAUUUUUAAAGUCCGUCACUCUAAGAACAAUUGUUUUCUCUUUUUAAAUAUGUAUUUUUUUAAGUUUAAACAACUUGUUUCAAGUUAAACAAAUUUUGGCCAGCGUUAUUACAGUGUAAUAACAACCCAAAGCGUAAAGGGCCGGUGGUACCCAGGUAUAGAUUGGGGUGGGAUCCACAACCAUUUUCAUGUUUGUCCUACUUCCUCCCUCCCCCCCCCCCCCAUUCGCCUAUUAUGAUCGUUUGGAAAGUAACAAGGGGUGGCUAUCCCCACCCUCUUGCGCCGCCCCUUUAUGGGAUAUAAUGAUCAUUCAAUUGCAUAUUUCAGCUUAUAGUUACAGAAUAUAUAAUUUACUCAAAGUUAUGAUCUUGAAAUCAUUUAUUAUAUAUAUUUUCUUCUCAUUCUAUUUUAAAUGCAUUUAUAUGUAUUCGUUUGUUUAUAACUGUCAAUUUAUCAUAAUCUUUAAAGGGCAGGUUCAUUUUGACGAAAAGUUUUUGUUUGUUGCAAAUAUACCAAAAAAUAAAGUUAUUCAUAAUGCUUUGAGGAAAAUCCAUCAAAGAUUUAAAAAGUCAUAAGAAUGUGUCUGAUUUGUGACAUCUUCACAAGCAGCAGCGGCCCUUUAUGUUGUGUAAUAUAAGGUGCAUAAGUUAAAUGUUUGAUAGUGUGAAAAUAGUCUGUCGUUGAUAAACUGAAGGUAGAAAAAAAAUCUUCAUUUUUUAGAAAAUGACAUUUCGUUUAUUUUUUUAUUGACGAUACGCCUAUAUAUGGGAAGCUGCUCGCAUAUGACGUCACAUAAAAAACAAAAUAAAAUCCUAUUAACAAUUUUUUUCUCAGGGGCAACUUCCCCUUUAAAGGACAAAUCCACCCAACAAAAAGUUGAUUUGAAUAAAAAGAGAAAAAUCCAACAAGCAUAACACUGAAAAUUUCAUCAAAAUCGGAUGUAAAAUAAGAAAGUUAUGACAUUUUAAAGUUUUGCUUAAUUUCACAAAACAGUGAUAUGCACAACUAGGUGAGUCAGUCGAUGAUGUCCAUCACUCACUAUUUCUUUUGUUUUAUAUUGUUUGAAUUAUACAAUAUUUCAUUUUUUACAGAUUAGACAAUAAGGACCAACUUGAUUGAACCAUAUAGCAUUAAAAAAUGCUAAUUGCACAUGUUCAGGGAGGAAUUAAUCGUUAUUUCACACAACAGGGAGAAAAUUUGAAUAUUUCAUAUUUCACAUAAUAAAAUACAAAAGAAAUAGUGAGUGAGUGAUGUCAUCAGUCUCCUCAUUUGCAUACCGACAAGGAUGUGAAUAUAACUGUUUUGUGAAAUUAAGCAAAACUUUAAAAUGUCAUAACUUUCUUAUUUAACAUCCGAUUUUGAUGAAAUUUUCAGUGUUAUGCUUGUUGGAUUUUUCUCUUUUUAUUCGAAUCAAAUUUUUGUUGGGGUGGACUUGUCCUUUAACUGUAAAUUGCUCUUUGACAAAUGCGGUAACGGAGGACAGAUUUUCCGCAAUGCAAUGUUUUUUGUGUUUUUUCCGGGGGCCCUAACUAAGUCUUAGGCCGAUAGUUUUCUGUUUUGUCACCACUUUGUUCACUGUUUAAUAUGAUGUUAAUAAUUAUAAUGGCCGUAAGUACGCAGCACGAGCAGAAAAUGAAUGAUAAAAAUAAAAACGAGAAGCAAGAAACAAAAGGGACAAAAAAUGAUAAUUUGGUGUAACGUCAAUGCAAUAGUAUGCAUUUUGCAACUGAUCGAGAUAAAUCGUGUCUUGAAAAUAUGAUAAAUGUCGUGUUUCAUGUUCGCUUUCAAUUUGUCUUUUUUUUUUCUUUCUUUCUUCCUUCCUUCCUUCCUUUAUUUCUAUUUUAUUUUUCUUUCUAUCUAUCUAUCUAUCUAUCUUUCUUUCUUUCUUUCUUUCUAAUGACUUUCUUUCUUUCUAAUGUUUUUGUUCCCCUUCAUUUGGUUUUGCCAUAGAGUACUAGUAAUAGCCUAUAUUACUAAAUAACAUGUGUAUGAACAGGUAGUGUUGUAACAUUGUAAUUAAGAACUUAAACCCGAUUAAAGAAGCAUUUCUUUGCAUUGAA